AUGGUCUUCAGUUCGCUCUCAAUGUGUUUGCACCGUUCUCUCUCGAAGAAAUAUGAUAUUGCAAUCCUACAGCCGGAUGAGCUAGAUGUUGAUAAGCUUGAUAAGCUCACCCUCGCAGACUUCGGCACUCGCGACUGCGUUGUGCUCAUUGGCACGGUAACUGGCGUCUACACCUAUGUUGACGCUUUGAUUUACACUCUUGGGGCUGAGGAGGCUCUCGUACUGCGCUGCUCCCCUCUCGAGGUCGCCGAGGACAUGUUUCUCGACCUGCAGCAAUACGUCUCCAUACCAGGCGUCUCAGGGCACUUCAGAGUGUACAAGAAUGCGCGCGAGAACGUCUUGCACAAAGCUUUGGCCAAGCUUCCGAACGAGCAUGACCGACAAGUCGCAGCAGCGAUGAUCCAGAUCAAGACGUCCACCACCAGUCCCCCUCCCUCAAGCCCUUCUGGAGAGUCGUGUUCCCCCGCUGCGCCCAUAGUCUCUACGAAGCUGGAAACCCCACUGUCCAUCUCCUCUUCGGACGAAGAGGACGGCGGCAAUGCACAGAAACCCUGCGUCAGCACAGGCGGCUGGCGCUUCAGUGGGGUGUUCGCUACCAUGGGCAUGGGUAAGCCCCCUGUGAGCAUACCUCCGAUACGGGCGGACUCGGCUUCCGCACCAGCCGCAAAAAUCAGGAAGGCUAGGAGCCUAUCGCCGACGAAGGCACGAUCCCGUAAGCCUGUCAGGGAGCCGUCCCUCGAGCCCUUGGAGCCGCUCUCUCCCGAGUUUGUGAGGGCGCCGUCUUUCGAGUUCGUGAGUGCGCCAUCUCCCGACACGCCCGUGACGCAGUCGUCGACCAGCAGAGCCGGGCGUUGGGUCAUUGGCACGGGCGAGCACAGUGGGCCCUCGGUCAGUUACGAUCCGAGCUAUCGACAGUUCACGCUCCCGGUUAUGGUGCACCCGGACUGGGUCCCGCCAACGCUAGUCACACCUCCUCACAGCGCUUUGAGGACGUGGAGGCCUGUGUCCGCCACGACCCGGCUAGUUCUCCUUGCAGCUGGCGUCGACGCCAAUAGCGCGGAAUGGGUCAUUGUGUGCGAGGGCACGCAGCCUGGCAUCUAUGCGAGUCGGGAAAGUGCGCUCAAGGCGAACGAUGACCUCAACCCCGCCCGUAUUAUGUUCGAUGGCGUCCCUGUCGCAUCGCUGGAGCUUGCCAUCUCUCGGUGGUUUGAGCUGCUCCCAAAGCAUCAGAUCAGGAAGCUCAAUGCGCGCGCCUACUACUAA